AUGGUCGUCCUCAAGUACCCACAAGAUGAAGCACGCCAUCCUCCACCACCACCCUCACAUCCUCGGCACGCAGCUCAGAAUGGGCGAGCACGAAGCGCACGUGUCGUCUCCACCGCAUCCAUAGCCCCCGAAGGCAAAGCCACCUUGGUCUCCUCUGUCAGCAACCUCACCAACACCAUCAUCGGCACCGGAAUGCUCGCCACGCCUGGCGCGUUCAAAUAUACUGGCUUGCUCCUUGGGCCUCUACUCAUCCUUUUCUGCGGCUUCACCGCUGCCCUGGGAUUGUAUCUGCUCACAAGGUGUGCCGCACGAGUCGGCGGUCGCAAGAACAGCUUCUUCACCAUCGCAAGUCAAGCCUUGCCCGCUGGUGCGUGGUACUUUGACCUCGCAAUCGCACUCAAAUGUUACGGAGUCAGCAUCUCAUAUCUCAUCAUCUGCGGUCAACUCAUGCCUCAGGUCAUCAUCAGCUUCUUCCGAGCCUUCCAUCGAGAUGUUCAUCAGAUCCCCGAACUCUUUCUCGAUCGAAGCUUUUGGAUCUUGGCCCUGAUCAUCCUGCUCAUUCCGCUGUGCUUCUUGCGGCGAUUGGACUCGUUGCGACACACCUCGUACCUCAGUCUGCUGGCAGUGUUCUACUUGGUCAUCAUUGUCCUGCACUAUAGCUUCAGCAGCGAUGCCAAGGCUUCUUUGCCGCCAAAGGGGGAUGUUGAACUGGUCAGCGUAUCUUGGCACACCAUCAGCAUCUUUCCCGUGUUUGUGUUCGCCUUCACCUGCGCGCAGAACAUGCUUCCGGUGUACAACGAGCUGUUCUACAACAGCGAGGCGAGGGUCAACACCGCCAUUGUCUCGUCGAUCGGCACGGGAGGCGUGGUGUACCUGAUCGUCGGCGUGUUGGGAUACCUCAGCUUUGGCGGUAAUGUCGGCGACAACAUCAUCGCCAUGUAUCCGAGCACCAGCUUGUUCGUAUGCUUUGGAAGGGUCAGCAUCAUCGUCUUGACAAUAUUCAGCUAUCCGUUGCAGGUUCAUCCGUGCAGGGCGAGUUUGGACAAGGUCUUCUCGAAGGCGAGUAGAAGACAACAGAUUCUCGAUGAUGCUGCUGCGUCUGCCAUUGCUACGCCGGACGAGAAUGGUGCGAUACAGCCGUACCGCGACGAUGACGAGGAGGACGAAGAGGAAGACACACCACUGCAAUCGAGUAUGCAUCUGCAACCGGCGCAGCCAUCCGACGAAGAGAUCCCGCUCGGUAAAUGGUGUCUCAUGACAGCAGGUAUCCUCAGCACCACCUUCGUCAUCAGUCUGCUCGUAGACGAUCUCUCCAUCAUCCUCGGCUUUGUCGGCUCGGUAGGCAGCACAACCAUCAGCUUCAUCCUACCAGGUGUCCUGUACGCUUCGCUCUUCCGCGAUCAGCCACAGUCGAGGUUGCGCAAGGCUGCGAUCGCUUUGGCUGCGUGGGGUUGUAUCGUGUUGGUGGUGGCCUUGUCGGCCAACAUCCUCAAGUUGAUACACGCUCAGGUGCCCAAUUCGAUUCUAGUCGCUACCGUGGCUAGCAGGUCAUAG